CACACCACAUAACCUCACCUUUUCCCGGCCACGUAUUUUGUGUUGUGCAAGGAGUCUCUCUGUUUUUCCGGCUUUUCCCAGUGUUUAGGAUGGAUUCAAUGACGAGAUAUUUGUCCCCAAUCAAUCCAACAGUGUUCCCCCAUUUGGCCACAGUUCUCCUGGCAAUUGGGACAUUCUUCACAGCCUGGUUCUUUGUAUUUGAGGUGUCGCGCCCCAAGGAAGCCGCGGCAGGAAAUGGACAUUCCGGUAAACAAUCAAAAGACGGUGUAAUCUUCAAGGAACUCCUCAUAAGUCUCUUUGCGUCAAUCUUUUUGGGAUUUGGGGUCUUAUUUUUAGCCCUCUCAGUGGGAAUUUAUGUCUAAGAGAAAGUAAAUAAUAAUAAAAAAAUCACCUCAAUGGAUAAAA